AGAGGUUGUAGCAAGUUCUGCAAGGGUGAAUGUGCAUUCAAAUGUUCUUAUAAAGUAUUUAGGAGUGCAUACCGAGGAAAGCCUGCUAUUCUAAGAGUUCAUAGCUCCCUCUCAUGUCCAGUGGGUGAGUGACAGUAAGAGGCAGGCAGAGGGUGUUUCUCUAUUGCAUCUGGGCCAGGGACAGCUGACUGGUUGGGAUCUAAUUGCUCUCAAGUGAGGUCAGCAGGAGGCAUUUAUCUAAGCAGAGUGCACAGCGACAGUGGAAGAUGCAGAGAGUCAGCCUGCCAGAAUCAGGGAGACAUCCAUGGGAACUGACAGAAGCUCCCAGCUCUUGCUCAGCUUUGCAUUAUUGGACUUGUUUUACAAGUGAGACUUCAGCUUUAGAACUAAAGAGUCUUCAAUUUAAAAGUCUCACUGAAAGGGAACACACCUCUGACUACUGCUGUCAUCACUCAGAGCACAUUGACAUCCUGAGUAACAUUUCCUGAGCUGGAUUAUGACGUUCUCUGUCGGACUAUAGUCAACAGACGAUGGAGCAGUCAUCGCUCACCACUACUGAGGACUAAAGAGAGACACCAUCUCCUAAUCCUGUCACCUGUCUUUGUCACACCACUCUCCAGUUUCAGCCAACCCCAACCAGCUUCACAAAAUCUCCUCCACAAUUGCCCUGUCUGAACAUCCUACUAGGAAUCCCUGCUGCUGGAACAGGGACCCAGAGGUCACAACACAAGGGUCACCAAGUCAGGGGUCAGGGGGUCGCUGGGCUGUGGAAUAGCAUACAGAUCUCUAUCUCACAUUUCAGUAUGUUGUUCAUUGAUCCCCACUGCAUUGUAUUAUAAUGCGCAAAUGGAUGCUGACAUGGAACCUUCAAAAUCUGUUCUCGGGACUGUACCUGCAUGCAAUCUUCCUGUUCGGCAGCGUGUGUGUGGUCUACGGUGACUGCACUCCUGAGCAACUUGCCGCCAUCAUGAACUGCUCCAGACACGAGCGCCACACCAGGAACUACGACUACAUGGAGGGAGGAGAUGUGCGCAUCCGACAGCUGUUCAGCCGCACGCAAUGGUUCCUAACUAUUGAUGACAAUGGCAACAUCAAUGGGACUCAAGAUUCGACCAACUGCCACAGUAUCCUGGAGAUCAGGACAGUGUCUGAAGGCGGCAUACUGGCUAUCAAAGGAGUGAAGAGUCAGUAUUAUAUCUCUAUGAACAAGGCUGGACAGCUGCAAGGCAAGAGGAUCUACAAUGAAAACUGCAACUUCAAGGAGGUUUUCCUAGAAAACUACUUCAAUGCAUACUCCUCUGCAAAGUGGACUAAAAACGGCAAAGAAAUGUUCAUAGCCCUGUCUCAAAAGGGAAGGCCGAUGCGAGGGAAGAAGACCCGGAGGGAGCACGUAGCAUCUCACUUCAUCCCUAUAAAGUGUAGGGAGGACGGGAGGAGGGUGGACUGACCGAGCAGAGGACUAAUGAGUCGCAAGCUGUGUAUGAUAUCAAUCACAUAUCAUAUAUGUUAACAGACACAUAUAAGAUCAUUACCAACAUCACUCUCCACUCUCCCAACUAGAUUGUUUAUGUUAUGUUCAAUAAUAUGUUGUAAUUUCCAUUCGAUAAAGCAACAGAUAUUAGAUGGGCACAUUAAACUAUCAAAUAAGAUGUUGAAACAAGAAAAUACUGACAUAUUUGACAUUACUUUGACUGGUAUACAAACUGUAAAACCACUGUAGUCUAUUCAAUAUUAUUGUUAUUUUGAAUUAAAUAUUAUGUUUCCUUAUAAAACAGUUAAGUGUUUUCUUAUAAAACAGUAAAAUGUAUUAUGCACAGUUGGGGCUGUAUCCUUUUCCAAAGAUGACCUACACCCGGCCAGAUGUGGAGACCUGUGUGCUCAACAGAAAGGUCCAGAAUAGAGAUUUGGCUUGGCCAUGAUGUGCUGAAGCAAGCUGGACUUGUCUUUUUUAAUGGUACAAGUGCUCAGAGCACACAAAACAGAGACACGAUAAAUAACAAUAGCCUGUUCAGUAAAAUGAGAGUACGUAGGAAGAUCUGUUUGUGAAUGAUCCGUCUCGAUUUGUCUGUCCGUCUGCAUUGAAAUCUCUGAUCAAAUGCAUUGUAGCUGUUCACUGAUUCCCUGUUCAUUAUCAUGGUGUGAUUUUGAAAUGCUAAAAUAUUCUGCUGCUGCUGAAAAGAUCUCCAGAUUAAAAUACGAAGUGAACAACAUAAAAGACGUGUAUGCAAUGCAAUCUCUUUUUAUCUGAAGGAAACAAUCCUGAUAUUAUCCUGAAAUACUUACUCAUAAGGAGAAUUUUUAUUUGUUUUUGUUAUCAGUAUGACUAAGACAAACAUGUACCCGGAUGUCCUUUUUUUUACUUUUAUCUUUACUUUCAUCAAAUUGUCAUUUCAACCUGAAAGGCCACUGUCUUCAUACAAUAUCACUAGAAUAUCCAAAUAGUGCCAUCUGAAUUCAAGCUUUUCUCUUUAACUGUACAAAGACGAGCUUAAAUGUUAUGUUUCAUCAUAAAACACGCUUCCUUCAAACUCGAUAUAAAUGAAAUAAAACU